CGCGGCGUCUGCGCAGUGUGCUUCCUGGACUUGAAUGGUUUGUUUACAACUUCGGAAUCGGUUCCCGCUUGUCUUGUCAACAGCAGCUAAUCUUUCAAAAACAAUCGUCCCAAAAGCGUUUUCUAUGAAGCGGGGUGACAAUGAUUAAGACCGAGAAGGUGUUGCAUUUGAAGAGUUCCCGAGGACGGAAGGUCCGUGUGGUCCGGGAACAUUAUUUGAGAGAACAUGUUCCCUGCUACAGCUCUCUCUGUCAGGCACAAUGCGCCAACGCAGAGGGCAAGGUGCUGUCUGGAGAGGUGACUCACUAUGUGAUGCCUGAUGCAGGCGUGGCGAGGGACUUUAUGGAGAUUCUGGAGUUUAGAGAGAUCCAGGGGAUAGUGUUCACUCAGACUGCCUGCCAGGCUGUCCAACACAGCAGAGGACGCAGGCAGUACAACCGGCUACGCAGCUUGCUGAAGGACCCCCGUCAUCACUGUAUCCUGUUUGCCAACGAGUUCCAGGAGUAUUCCUACUGCCCCAGAGAAAAGGGAGUGCCGCAGGACAAAUGGCAGACCAGGUGUGUGUAUCAUGCUGCGGUGUGGUACCAUGACCACCUGGCAGGUCUGAAGCCAGUGGUGAUGAUCACUGAAGACCAGACCGCUGUGGCAGAGUACAGCAGCCUCAACUGUGGAGUCUACGUCCUCUGUACACAGGAGUACCUGCAGACGUUCUGGCCGGAGCUGCAGGCUGCCCUGGAGCUGUACUGCUCCAUCGCUCAGUCCCUGCAGGAGAAAGAGAGCGAGGGGACGGAGAGAGAGUACACUGAACACCUGCCUGCCGAGGUCCUGGAGGCUGGCAUUAAGUCUGGCCGAUACAUACAGGGCACUCUGAAUGUGAACAAGCACAGGGCCCAGCAUGAAGCCUUCGUCCGUUUUGAGGGCUCUUCUAACAAGAGCUCAGAGCUGAACAGUGAUGUGCUGGUGUGUGGGGGGAAGAAUCGUAACCGGGCGGUGCAUGGCGAUAUGGUUGCCGUGGAGCUGUUGCCGAAGGGGGAGUGGAGGGGGAGAACCACGGCCCUGACGGAGGGACAGGGGGAAGAGAAGGGAGACGAGACACAGAGCCAACCCAUGGCCACGGGUCGUGUGGUAGGGAUCCUUCAGAGGAACUGGAGGGACUAUGUCGUGACCUUUCCCCCCAAGGAGGAGACCCAAUCACAGAGCAGGAACUCCCAACGUAUCCUGGCCACGCCCUGGGACCAACGCAUCCCCAAGAUCCGAAUCAGCACCCAACAGGCUGACAAACUACAGGAUCACCGGGUGAUAGUUCGUCUGGACUCGUGGGACAGCACCUCCCUCUACCCUAACGGACACAGUGUCAGGGUUCUGGGCCGGGCUGGGGAGCUGGAGACUGAGGUCCAAACCAUCCUCAUAGAGAACUGCAUCCACGUACCUCCUUUCUCUGAGGCGCAGCUCGGUGAGAUGCCAGUGUCCUCCCCUGAGAGCCCCUGGUUGGUAGACCCCGCCGAGGUGAUUACCAGACGGGAUCUGAGACAAACCCACCUGGUGUUCAGCGUCGACCCUCGGGGCUGUGAGGACGUAGACGACACCCUGUCCAUACGCAGCCUCCCCCCCGGCCCGCGGGGUGAGAGGUUAGAGCUGGGCGUUCACAUCGCUGACGUCACACACUUUGUUAAAGAGGGGUCCCUGACAGACCUGGAGGCUCGCGCUAGGGCCACCACGUACUACCUGGCCGACCGCAGGUAUGACAUGCUGCCUGCUGUCCUCAGUGCUGACCUCUGCUCUCUGCUGGGAGGGGUGGACAGGUAUGCCAUGAGCGUCAUGUGGGACCUGGAUGCCCAGACCCUGGCGGUGAACAAGGUCUGGUACGGUCGUACACUAAUCCAAUCCUCCUACCAGCUUUACUAUGAACUGGCCCAGGCUCUGCUCAACGGAGAGGAGGCAGAGGUCCCAGAACUAGCCCAGCUACCACCUGGGGAGAGGGAUGCCAAGCUGGCCCAGCUCACCCAGGCCCUGGAGACCCUCACCCAUGUGGCCAGACAGCUGCGUGCCCAGAGGGACAAGGGAGGAGCGUUGGAACUGGAGGGGGUAGAGGUGAGGGCGCAGCUGGAUGAGGACAGGAACAUCACAGCCCUGGUGCCCAGACAGCCACUGGAGGUCCAUGAGACGGUGGCAGAGUGCAUGAUUUAUGCCAACCACUGGGUGGCCCGUAAGAUCCAGGAGAGUUUCCCCCAGCAGGCCUUGCUGCGCCACCACCCGCCCCCACGCCAGGAGUUCUUCAACCAGCUGCAGGACAGUGGGGCACGCGGCUUCACCAUAGAUACCAGGUCAAACAAGGCCCUGGCUGACUCCCUGGACCGGGCCGUGGACCCCCGGGACCCGCUGGUGAACCGGCUGCUGAGGGUGAUGGCUACCAUGGCCAUGUCCAAUGCCCUCUACUUCUCUACCGGAGCCUGCCCUGUCGACCAGUACUAUCACUAUGGUCUGGCUCUGGACCGAUACACCCACUUCACCUCUCCCAUCCGUCGCUAUGCCGACAUGAUCGUCCACCGCCUGCUCACCGCAGCCAUCGCCAUGGAGAAGGGGGCGGGGCCAGCCAAGGCCUUAGCCAGUAACAAAGAGUUGGAGGAGGUGGCUCAGCAAAUCAACAACAAGAACAGGGCAGCACAACAUGCCCAGAAGGUUUCCACAGAGCUAUUUCAGUGCCUCUACUUCAGAGACAAAGACCCAGAGACAGACGAGCGCUGUGUGGCCGACGCGGUCAUCUACACCAUCAGAGCCAACGGCAUGCUGGUCUUCAUACCACAGUAUGGCCUGAAGGGGGCAGUGUACCUGAAGAACAGAGAGGGCCAGGUGGUGAGUGAGAGACAAGAUGGAGGAUGUGACUGGCAGACUGGUUCUCUACAGAGAUACCUGGACCACAUCACUACCACUACUGCUGUUGGCACCUCAACCUUCAACCUGUUCCAACACAUCACCGUGCGUAUCUCAGUACAACCAUCACGUUGUCACUCAGACACAAUCCGUCUGGAAGUGGUCAGCAACAGGCCCCACCAGGCCCCCGAGACUCAGGUCCAGACCUCCCAGCCCCAGGGGGCUAGGGGCCGGUCCCAGCUGGUCCAGGAGGUGGUUCGGCAGGCAGAGGAGGCCUCUCAGCAGGCGGAGGAGAAGAGGGGCCGGGCCUCCAAACUGUCCACGGAGGAGAGAGAGUUCAGACAGAGUAAAUGUCCCAACCUCUACUCUCUCCUGGAGGAGGUCAGGGAGCUGGCCUUGCUGGACCUUGCUGCCUGUGGAGCAGGAGGCGGGGGUCUGGGAGGGGGUCUGGGAGCAGGAGGCGGGGGUCUGGGAGCAGGAGGCGGGGGUCUGGGAGCAGGAGGUGGGGGUCUGGGAGCAGGAGGCGGGGGUCUGGGAGCAGGAAGCAGGGGUCUGGGAGCAGGAGGCGGGGGUCUGGGAGCAGGAGGCGGGGGUCUGGGAGCAGCCGCUCAGGCUUGUGCUACAUCAGCAUAG